AUGGCUCGGGGUUUAGUUACCUUGCAAUUAAGAGUGACCGCCGGGUGCAUCCACAGGACUCCAAUACCGUGUCCUAAUUUCAGCGCAGCAACCGUAUCACGGUCUCUACCAUUUUUGAGCCAAAGACGACGUCAUUCCACGUCUGCUACCCACUUACCGACAUCGAAGAUAGGUACAGAAGACCUCCCUACGACAUAUAAACCCCCAACCACCGGCAUCAUCUCGAAACUGCCCUCAUCAUGGAUCCCCUAUGCCGAGCUUAUCCGCCUCGACAAGCCAGCUGGCACAUACUACCUUUUCUUCCCAUGUAUGUUCUCAACAUUACUUGCCGCUCCCAUGGCCACACCAAUGGCGACGCCCUUCGAAGUCGUCUCGACAACAGCGCUAUUCUUCUCCGGGGCCCUCAUUAUGCGAGGCGCUGGCUGUACGAUCAAUGAUCUGUGGGACCGCAAUCUAGAUCCCUAUGUCGAGCGAACACGACUACGACCUAUUGCAAGGAAAGCGGUCUCAGCUCAAAAUGCGAUUGUAUAUCUAGGCGCCCAACUUUUCACCGGCCUAGCCAUCCUGCUUCAAUUCCCUCUACCUUGCCUGUUCUAUGGCGUACCAAGUCUUCUUUUGGUCACCAUAUACCCACUGGCAAAAAGAGUCACCCACUAUCCACAAUUCGUUCUGGGCCUAACAUUUUCUUGGGGCGCGAUCAUGGGCUUCCCUGCCCUGGGUAUCGACCUCCUAUCCAACCCUCCGGCCUUAGCGGCUGCUGCCGCCUUAUAUUCCAGCUGUGUCUCCUGGACGCUGGUAUACGAUAUGAUAUACGCUUAUAUGGACAUCAAGGAUGACGCCAAAGCAGGAAUCAAGUCAAUAGCACAGGCCCACGAGCAUAAUGCUAAAGCAGCACUGUCUUGCUUCUCCGCUGUCCAAAUUGGCCUGCUCGCAACAGCUGGCUACUUUGCCGGUGCCGGUCCUCUCUUCUUCGUCGGAAGCUGUGGCGGCGCUGCAUUGGCACUGGCCACCAUGGUUCGGCGAGUGGACCUCAAGGAUGUCAAGGACUGUUGGUGGUGGUUCAAAAACGGAGCCUGGUUGACCGGCGGCGUCAUCUCUUUCGGCUUGUUAGGCGACUACCUUCAUCGCCGGACGAAAGAAGAGUCCAAAACCGCCAUGCAGACUGUCCUGGCAUGA